AGCAAACGACAGAAAUCUAUAACUAAUUAAUCUAGUUAUUUAUCCAAUUGUAAAUACUUAAGUAUAGGUGGCGUUAAACAUUAGCCAUAAACGCACGCAGGUUCUCUUACUAUCGCUUACAGUAUUUCAGAGCAGGAAAGCCGGUUUUUGACAUCUUUUAAAGGUUAACGUAAAUUUAAGACGUAACAAUGACAGCAUUCGAAGAAAUGGGUGUUUUGCCAGAACUUGGCCAGGCAGUUGAUGACAUGGAGUGGACAUUACCAACAGAUGUCCAAGCCGAAGCCAUUCCCCUAAUUUUAGGUGGUGGAGAUGUAUUAAUGGCUGCUGAAACUGGUAGUGGAAAGACUGGGGCAUUUUGCUUACCAGUUUUGCAGAUUGUAUGGGAAACCUUAAAAGAUUUUGAGUCUGGUAAAACUAAAAGUUCAACAGGACAACAACAGCAACACUCUACUCAUUGGUCGCUAAGUUUAUUUGACAGAGGUCAAUCAUUAGCUGUAACUCCAGAUGGUCUAAGAUGUCAAAGUCGUGAACCAAAAGAGUGGCAUGGUUGUCGAGCAAAUAAAGGUGUUCAAGGCAAUGGAAAGUUUUAUUACGAAGCUACUGUAACCGAUGAAGGAUUAUGCCGUGUUGGCUGGUCUACAUCUCAAGCUUCAUUGGAUCUGGGAACAGACAAAUUGGGUUAUGGUUUUGGUGGAACUGGUAAAAAGUCAAAUUCGAAACAAUUUGAUAGCUAUGGAGAGGCUUUUGGAAUGAACAAUGUAAUUGGAUGUUAUCUGAAUUUAUCAAAGGGUGAAAUUAGCUUUUCAAAGGACGGUAUAAAUUUUGGAGUAGCAUUUACUUUAAAUGCCCAACAAAAAUCUCAAACGUUUUAUCCAGCUGUUGUAUUGAAAAACGCAGAAAUGUCUUUUAAUUUUGGAGCACAGCCAUUUAAAUAUCCACCUCCGAAUGAUUACACAGCUGUUGCUUCUGCUCCUAAAGAAUUCGUGAGAGAAAACCCAAUAAACAGUAGUCAGGUUCAAGGUAAAGGGGAUGGUAAACCAAAGUGUAAUGCACCUCAAGCUAUAAUCAUAGAACCUUCUAGAGAACUUGCUGAGCAAACCUAUAAUCAAAUUCAAAAAUUUAAAAAACAUUUGAAAGAUCCAGUCAUUAGAGAGUUAUUAGUUAUCGGAGGAGUAAGUGUGAAAGAACAAAUUUCAGUGUUGAAUUCUGGUGUGGAUAUAGUAGUUGGAACACCAGGACGUUUAGAAGAUUUAAUACAAGGCGGAUAUUUAGCAUUAACACAUUGCAGAUUUUUUAUUUUGGAUGAAGCUGAUGGUCUAUUGAAGCAAGGUUACACCGAAUUAAUCGAUCGUUUGCAUAAACAAAUUCCUAAAAUUACAUCCGAUGGGAAAAGAUUACAAAUGAUAGUGUGUUCAGCUACAUUACAUGCAUUCGAGGUCAAGAAAAUGGCUGAACGUUUAAUGCAUUUUCCAACAUGGGUAGAUCUUAAAGGUGAAGAUGCAGUACCCGAAACAGUGCAUCAUGUUGUUGUAACAGUAGAUCCACAGAAAGAUACUUGUUGGCAAAAUUUAAGAAAAUCUAUACAAACUGACGGUGUACAUAACAGAGACAAUAUAAGACCUGGAAGCAACAGUCCUGAGACUCUUUCUGAAGCUGUGAAGAUAUUAAAAGGUGAAUACUGUAUUCGCGCUAUCAAGGAACACAAUAUGGAUAGAGCAAUUAUUUUCUGCAGAACCAAGUUGGACUGCGAUAACCUGGAGCGAUAUUUGAAACAGUCAGGUGGAAAUCAGUUUUCAUGCGUGUGUUUGCACGGCGAUCGAAAACCUCCUGAACGUAAAGCUAAUUUGGAAAAAUUCAAGAAGCAGGAAGUCAAAUUCUUAAUCUGUACCGACGUUGCAGCCAGAGGAUUGGAUAUUUCAGGAUUACCUUUCAUGAUUAAUAUAACUCUACCCGAUGAGAAAUCGAACUACGUACAUCGUAUAGGUAGAGUUGGUAGGGCCGAAAGAAUGGGUCUAGCUAUUUCUUUAGUUAGCAAAGUACCUGAAAAGGUAUGGUAUCACGGGGAAUGGUGUCCUACUCGCGGAAAAAACUGUCAGAAUACUAAUCUUACCAACCAGGGUGGUUGCUGUACCUGGUACAACGAACCAAACUAUUUAGCUGACAUCGAGGAUCAUUUAAACGUUACAAUUCAACAAAUUGAGCCAGAUUUCAAAAUUCCGAUGAACGACUUUGACGGAAAAGUUACUUACGGACAAAAGAAAGCAAAUAUGGGUUCAAACUAUCAAAAUCAUGUUCAACAAAUGGCACCCUACGUCUCCCAGUUAACUGCGUUAGAAUCGAAAACGCAACUUCUCUACUUGAAAAGACAUAUGGCUGCUGCAAAUUAAUUACUUAAUCUCCGAUAUGUUACUCUAGUAUGCGGAUAAUCUCUUAAUAUUUAUAAACAGUGUGUACUUUUACAUAUAAUGUACAAAUUUGUUACAAAUAAUAUAAUCUCGAUUAACGUAUAAUUUAGUAGCCAGACUUUACGAUCACCUGAACGUGAAUUAACUCGUAAGAGAGCUUACAUAAUAUUCUUAUAUAAAAAGAAAAAAAAACGUGUACGAUGUAAAUAGCUUUUGCAUAUGUGUAUAUAAGACAUACGGCAAGUGUUUAUUGUAUCAUUAUAAUUUUCAUAAUUGUACCAUCGGUAUUUCAGUUACACAAAUGUAUAAUACAGUGGCCUUGCAGUGUUUGGUUUUGUAAUUUUCACAA